CCAAUCGGCCGCUGUCACCGGGACAGGCAUUAUAUCGCACCGGGCCAGCUGAUUUGGGCAGAGUGAAACACUUGAAUUGCAUACGGCUUUCUUGAAUAAAAACAACAAAUUCUUUCGCACGGAGGAGUGAUUUCCCCUCGGUAAAAUGUCGUAUGAUUUAAAGAGCGAAACGGAUGUCAAAGACUACCUAGAAAACCUGGGGAUCGAGUAUCGAUUUGGGUGCUAUUCGGAGAAAAAACCAGAAGUUUGUCAUCUGUUGGGAGAUUAUUUAGAGAGCAUCAAGAAGGAUUUCGACAAAGCGGCAAAGGUUUACCGGUCGAACUGCGACGACUAUGGGUACGCGAGAAGUUGUCUCAAAUACGGUAACUAUAGCUUCUUGGGCAAGGGCCGAGCAUCGGACAAUGGCGAUCCGGUGAAGGCGUACAGCUACUACGAGAAGGGAUGUGGUUUGAACGACCCGGACGCCUGUCUGCACUCUGGUCUAUUGCUGGUAUCCAAAUCGGUUCCAAAGGAACUUAAACGGGACGUUCCGAAGGCAUUUGAGUUUCUGAAGAAGAGUUGCGAAAUGAACAAUGGCAAUGCGUGCUUUUAUCUAUCUGGGAUGCACAUUUCCGGCAUUUUGAAGGACGAAUACAAUGUCCCUAAGGUGAAAGAAGCAUUGGAGCAGAAGGAAAAAAGUUCCCCCGGGAAGGCAGCGUCGCUGCCGGCAACGGCCUAUGUGGUAGAACGGGACAUGCAGAAGGCAUUUGAGUUUGCCUACAAGGCAUGCGAGCUACGGAACAUGUACGCUUGUGCUAAUCUCAGCCAAAUGUAUGCUAAGGGGGAUGGAAUCGCGAAGGAUGAGAAGAAGGCCGAAAAAUACAAGAAGCUAGCGAUGGAAAUGCAGGACGAAAUCAAGAAACAGCAACAGCUCACCUUCCAGCAGGGACUGAAUCCCACGUAAACACGUAACACAUUCCGUCGCUAAGACUCGUGGGAUAACUUUAUUUGUAUUUAGUGAGAAAGUAUGACAAAAUAGACAAACACGGAAUGGCGAAAUAAUCGGACCCCCGGAAUUGACGACGCAUGCCACAUCCUUCCCAAGUUGCUCUAUCCCUGUGUGCUACUAUGAAAAGUUAAAUAUGAGAAACAAAACAUUAAUGGUUACCUGAAAUGCGAAAUAAAUUCGUGUAGAUGUGGAA